AUGUGUCACGCUCACGGUCGCCUAGAAGACGACGGCAACGAAGCCGGACAGCCUCAAGUCCAAGUCGAAGCCCGAGCCCCAAGCGGCGACGAUACCGCCGAGAUCGCUCAUAUUCAUCAUCCCGAUCAAGGUCAAGAUCACGGGACAGACGGAGGGAUCCCAGAAAGAGUGACAGACGUCAUAGACGAUCUCCCUCAUACAACUCCUCUGAUGACAAUCGAAACAACAGGCGCGCUGAUAUUCUCAGGGGUCGCAAUGCACGCGAUGUCCGUCGUUUGA